ACAACCCCCCAUUCAUUUAGUAUCACCCAAGUUUCUGAAAACAGAAAGAAAGCAAUAAGCUAUAAGUGUAGAAAGAAGAAGCAAAAGCUACAAAAUGGCAAAGACCCUCAGUUCCAUCUGCUUCACCACUCUCUUGCUCGUUGUCUUGUUGAUUUCAGCUGGAAUCCCGAAGAGCGAGGCGACGUGUACGAAGUACUUAGGCGAAGCCAUAUUGGCGUACCCAUGCAAGGAAAGCUACUGUGAAGCCAAAUGCGCUGAGUCUUACCACGAGUCAUGCAGAGGAGAGUGUGAGGAUCAUGAUCACCACCACGGAGUGCAUUUAACAAAUGACCAUGACGACCAUUGCCACUGCUACGGUCGUUAUUAAGCUGCUGAAGUUUACUAAACUCGUAUCGUAUUAAAUAAAAUAAGAAUGUAAGCGUGGUGGUUUCCUUCGAUUUAAGUGUCAUGUGUGAGUGUUGUUUGCGUUUUUUUUUCUAAUAAUAAAACAAAAUAGUACGUAGGAGGAAGCUAUAAUGACUUUCCUUCUACGUCUAUUAUAAGAUCAUGUUGUAUGUUAUUUCGAUUUGAUAAUAAUAAUAAAGUUUUUCUGUGUUUUGUCAA